GUGAUUUAGCACGCCACAUAGCUGAAUUAGUCCGCAGCAGCUAUGGGGAACUCGGCCUUUCUCCGCUUAGUACUGGCAGUCUCCUUGCUAGCCUUUGUAAAGGCUGGUGACUGGGAUGAUGGUGACGGUGGAGAUGACUUCCAGUGUCAUAUUUUGUAUGAGUAUGAUGCCACUAAUCAAGUAAGAGUCACAAGUCCUUAUUAUGGAAAGAGAGACGAAUACCAUAAUGGGCUUUGGUGUGAAUACAGAAUAAGGUCACCACCAGGCACGAGAAUCAAAAUGACUUUCGAAGAUUUCGAUCUGUCGCCAUCGGGUAGCUGCUUCCAAGACAGGCUGGUAGUGUACGGGAAGGACAAAGAGACAGUGCUCGGGGUCUUCUGCGGAUCACAAAUUCCAUACCCAAUUCUUUCGAACGAAGGCGAAAAUGAGAUCCGUCUUUUGAUCCAAACUGAUUUCAUGGCAGGAGGAAGGGGAUUUUCAGCCCUUUUCGAAUCCGGACGUGAUCUACAACUAUGCCGUGCUGGACAGUCGGUAUGUGGUAACCGAAACUGCUAUGAUAGCAGCGACAAAUGCAAUGGAAAUGAUGACUGUGGAGAUGGAACAGAUGAGGAGAACUGUGGGUACCCAGUUGUAACAGCCCCUAACGACUGCGGAACUACACCCAUAGUACCAAAUACCAUCUACUCCUCAUUCGACAGAAUGGUCGGCGGAGAAGCAGCGCGACCCAACAGCUGGCCAUGGCAAGCCACCCUGCAAACUACUUGGAGCGAACCGAAUGGCCACUUCUGCGGAGGAACUCUGAUUAAUGCGCAGUGGGUCCUAACAGCCACUCACUGUGUAGUGGGAAAUGCUUAUCCGGAGUUUGUGAAAGUGCAUCUGGGGGCCCAUAGCAAGUGGUUGAAGAGCCCUUACGAACAAGUGAGAAGAGCAAUAAAAAUUAUUGCUUACCCCGAUUUGGAGAGAGAUGAUAUCAGGAGAUUCUCCAUGUCCGAUGAUAUUUCCUUGAUAAAGCUCAACGCUCCCGUAAAGUUUAACGAUGGGGUGCAACCAGCGUGUAUACCCAGUCUCGGAUGGGAAGCGGAAGCCGGAUGGAACUGUUACGUCACUGGCUGGGGAGAGUCGAGGGGAUCUGGAUUCGCAGAUGCAUUGAAGCAGCAGCUGCAAGUCGUUCAACCAAACAGCAAUUGCAGCUUCGACAAGCAGAAACAAAUCUGUGUAAAGGAGGAGCGCAACAACUCGCCCUGUCAUGGUGACAGUGGUGGCCCCCUUUCUUGUAAGCUAGGAGACAAGUGGUUUGUGUUCGGUGCUGCCAGUUAUGUUACAACCACCAACAUGAUGAGUGGACUUUGCACAGGACCUGGAGCCAUGACAGUAUACGCAAAUGUAGCAGACAAAGCUGAUUGGAUCAGAACUAUUGUUAACAAAUAUACUUGAAAUAAAAAAUAU